AUCAUGGUGGCUUCCAUUUCGGGCUACACCUUCAGCGCUGUGUGUUUCCACAGCUCCAACAACAACGCCGACCACGAAGGAUUUUUGCUGGGAGAGGUAAGACAAGAGGAAACCUUCAACAUCAGUGACUCCCAAAUCAGCAACACAGAAUUUCUACAAGUAAUUGAAAUCCAUAACCAUCAGCCUUGUUCAAAACUUUUUAGUUUUUAUGACUAUGCAAGCAAAGUUAAUGAGGAGAGCUUGGACAGGAUUCUUAAAGAUCGGAGAAAGAAAGUUAUUGGAUGGUACAGAUUCCGGCGAAACACACAGCAGCAGAUGUCGUACAGAGAGCAGAUUAUCCAUAAGCAGCUCACCCGCAUCCUUGGGGUGCCUGACCUCGUCUUCCUUCUCUUCAGCUUCAUCUCCUCCUCCAACAAUUCCACUCAUGCUUUAGAAUACGUUCUCUUUAGACCAAAUUGAAGUUAUAAUCAGAGGAUAUCCCUUGCUAUUCCCUAUCUAGGCAAUACUAGCCAGCAAGAGUAUAAAGUGUCUUCAGUGCCAAAUACUUCUCAGAGUUAUGCCAAAGUUAUUAAAGAACGUGGUACUGACUUUUUUGACAAGGAUGGAGUAAUGAAAGACAUCAGGGCAAUUUAUCAGGUUUAUAAUGCACUUCAGGAGAAAGUGCAGGCAGUGUAUGCAGAGGUAGAAAAGAGUGAACGAGUUGUUGAAUCUUGUCAGGCAGAAGUGAACAAAUUAAGAAGACAAAUCACUCAGAGGAAGAAUGAAAAGGAACAAGAAAGAAGAUUGCAGCAGGCAAUGAUAAGCAGACAGAUGCCAUCUGAAAGUUUGGACCCCAUGUUCAGCCCUCGGAUGCCCUAUCCUGGGUUCUCAGCUGAAGGCAGAAGUACGCUUGGAGAUGCAGAGGCCUUGGAUCCUCCUACGCCUUAUUCUGAUCUUCGCCCAAAUAAUCAAGAAAAUACCCUGAGCCAUUCUCACAUGGAAACUAGCGUCUUUAUGCCUCAACCCCAAGCCGUGGGCUCCUCCAGUUAUGCCUCCACCAGUGCUGGACUGAAAUAUCCUGGAAGUGAAGCAGACCCUCCUCCUUCCCAAAGAGCAGCUGGAGACAGUGCUGAGGAAUCAGACGACAGUGAUUAUGAAAAUUUGAUUGACCCUACAGAGCCCUCUAAUAGCAAAUACUCACAUUCAAGGGAUUCUCGACCCAUGACACAUCCCGACGGGGGCUCCAGGAACACUCAGACCUCCCAGAUUUAACUAAACAAAAGAAACUCUCCACUUAGCACUG